GCAGCCAUAUCUAGUGCGCUGGGCCUUGUACAUAAUUUACAUACAGUAUUGACUCGUAUCAAGUGGAUGCGAGAUAAAGUGAAGUUUUGCAGCCUUGAACUCAGUCAGAGAUCGACAUUAUCUUGGAUUUCAUCCUUUGUCGAGAGAAAUGGCGGACACAUCCCACAGGAGAACGUGUGUGAUCGCGGUGGACGGGAGCAAGUACGCCAAUGAUGCCGUGACGUGGUUUAAGAACAACGUUCACAAGCCUGGGGACCGUGUGCUAUUUGUGACAGCAAUUGACCACCGAAAGCACAUGCAGUACGGAUUGCACGUUUCCCCAAAAGCUGUUACCAUGACCCCCGGUAACCCGGACUCCAUUACUCACGCCUUUGCUGCCGAGGACAAGAAGGCCAAUGAGGUCUUGGAAAAGGUCAAGGCCGCUAUAGACGGGUCAGGGAUGGAAUGCGAAUUUUUCAAAAUGUCCGGUGAUCCUGGUGAGUGUAUAGUUCAGAAAGCCAAGGACACAGAGGCGGAUCUAAUCGUCACGGGGUGUCGAGGACUGGGAACAAUUCGUAGGACAUUCAUUGGUAGUGUCAGCGACUUCAUCAUCCACCAUUCCGAUUGCCCCGUGUUUGUGUGUCGUCAUUGAAUGUAGCAACACCUAUCGGCAGUCCGGUGUAUCACAGUGAUAUAAUCACCAUAUGCAUGUGAUAGACUUAUAGUUACAUAUAAUACUAUAUGAUUCUAACAAGGGUGAAAUAGAUUAUAUUGUGCAAGAAUUUUGUUAUUCCUGAUAUUAAAAAUAGCGCACUUUAAAAGUAAACAAAUAUUGAUAUACAUGUACAUGUAGACAUUUUUUCCAAUUUAAACUUUACAAGUAAUUCUAAAAUAAAGUUAUUACAUGUGUGAAUAUAUUUCACAAGGCAAAAAAAUACUAUUUGAUUUUAAUAAAUCGCAAUAGAAUGAAGCUAAC